AUGCCCCCUCCCCGCUGCUCCCGCUGCCCCCUCCCCUCCUCCCUCCUCCGCUCCCGCUCCCUCCAACCCUUCUGCCGCCGCUGCUUCCUCUCCGCCUUCGAAUCCGAGACCCUCCGGGCCCUCCUGACGCCCCAAAACCCGGGCAUUUCACCCCAAAACGGCCACGCCGUGGCCGUGGCGGCCUCGGGGGGCAAAGACUCCACGGUGCUGGCGCACGUCCUGGCGCGGCUCAACCGGCGGCACCGCCUGGGGCUGCGCCUGGCGCUCCUGGGGGUGGACGAGGGGAUUUCGGGGUACCGGGACGAGGCUCUGGGGGUGCUGAGGGGGGUGGGGGAGGCGCUGCCCCUCCCCCUCCUGGUGGUCUCGCACCGGGAGCUUUUCGGGUGGGGGGUGGAUGAGCUGGGGGGGGUCCUGGGGGGCCGCAGCCGCUGCACCGUCUGCGGGGUCUUCAGGAGGCGGGCGCUGGAGAGGGCGGCCCGGGAGAUGGGGGCGGACUGGAUCGCGACUGGCCACAACGCCGACGACGUGGCCGAGACGGUGCUGAUGAAUUUCCUGCGGGGCGACGUGGCCCGGCUGCGGCGCGCGGCCAACGAGGCCUCGGGGGCCACCGGGGCGCCGCCGGUGCCGCGGCUGAAGCCGCUGCGCCACGCGGCCCAGAAGGAGAUCGUCCUCUACGCCCACUUCCGGGGGCUACCGUACGCCAGCGCCGAGUGCCACCACGCGCCCCUGGCCUUCCGCGGCCACCCCCGGGCGCUCCUGAAGGACCUGGAGGCCACCAGGCCGGCGGCGGUGGCCGCCCUGGCGCACUCGGGCCGGCGUUUGGCGCUGGGGGCGGCCCCGGGGGCGGCGGCGGGGGCUUGCGGGCGCUGCGGGGCGGUGGCCAGCGGGGACACGUGCAUGGCUUGCGUCCUGCUGGACGCGCUGGACAGGGGGCGGCCCAAGCUGGCCUUGGGCAAGCGAGGGGGGUUGGUGGCCACCAAGAUGGCGGUGGUGGCCACCAGAGCAGGAACAUUGAAGGUGGUGGUGGUCAUUGGGGUGGUGGACAAGGGGUUGGUGGCCACCAGGAUGGGGUUGGUGGUCACCAGGAUGGGGUUGGUGGUCACCAGGAUGGGGUUGGUGGCCACUGGGUUGGUGGUCAAGGGGUUGGUGGCCACCAGGAUGGGAUUGGUGACCACCAAGAUGGCGGUGGUGGCCACUGGGAGGGUGGUGGUGGCCAUUGGCGUGGUGCUCAAGGGGUUGAUGGCCACCAAGAUGUCGGUGUUGGCCACCAGGAUGGGGUUGGUGGCCACCAAGAUGGCGGUGGUGGCCAUUGGGGUGGUGGUCAAGGGGGUCGUGGCCACCAAGAUGGGGUUGGUGGCCACCAGAGCAGCAGGAAGACUGAAGCUGGUGGUGGCCACCAGGAUGGUGGUGGUGGCCAUUGGGGUGGUGGUGAAGGGCUUGGUGGCCACCAGGGUGGGUUUGGUGGCCACUGGCAGGGUGGACAAGGCUGCGGUGGCUGCGGCUGCAGCUCCGGUGGCCAAGGGGUCAGCGGGGACAAUCCCAAGGGUCACCUGGACCCCGGUGGCCACCAGGGCCGGGCUGUCGGUGGCCACAGUGGCCACCAGGGCCAGGUUCUCGGUGGCCACCAGGGCCAGGUUCUCGGUGGCCACGGUGGCCACCAGGCCCGGCCGGUGCAGGUGGAGCUGCUGGGCCGGGCCGGACGCUGCGAGCGGCGACGCCUGA